GCGAGCGAGAAAUCGACAAGGGGAGAGUGACCCAGCCCAGAGAGACCGUGGGGGUGUGGGGAGAAGCUUCGAGAGGUUGGAGGUUUGGACGAAGACGAGGGAAAUCUUCGCCGAGAAGACCACGCAUCCGCGGCGGAGGAUUCGCCUGAGCCCUCUCCCUCCCCGCUGGUCGCGGUACAGCUCCGUCUCCGAGCUCGGCUUCUUCCUGCCUCCAGUUCUGUGUUGAUGCAGCAGUCCUGAUAGGUUAAGUGUAGGGAUGUUGAGUGGCCGCGCUGUGACGCUGCAUCAUAUAAGCGAUCCGGGCGAGUUGGUAGGAAAUGUGGUGUCCGAUGAAGCAGACGGCGAUGAGGAAUCUGAAACUUCAACGAAGGUGCUGUACCAAGCAUCUUUUCAGGAGUUGAUGCCCAACUAUCUGCAGUAUGACACGAUCAUAUGGGCCAUGAUAUCCCUGCUGCUUGUUCUGGCAUGGGGGGUUGGCCUGCUCAUGCUUCUCUACCUGCCGUACAAAAGAUAUGUGCUGAAGAGGGAUAUCUUGUCCCGUAAACUGUAUGUUACUGAGAAUAAGAUAGUAUACAAGGCUAGUAGGCCUUCAUACAUACCGUUCAUGGGGAUUGUCAACAAAGAGAUAAAAGUGCCUCUUCAUUUUGUAGUUGAUGUUAUAAUAGAGCAAGGUUGUCUGCAAUCUGUUUAUAGCUUAUAUACAUUUAAAUUAGAGACUGUAGCCUCAGGGAAACCUGCUCCAAUGGAUGAACUGCAAUUUCACGGUGUUCACAAUCCAGAUCUUCUAAAGACGGUCAUAAUCAGAGAAGCUUCUAAGAGAAUCCAAGAAGUCCAAAGCUGGAAGUACAGAAUGUACUCCGGAGAAGGCCCUUCUAAUGUUACACCAAUCAGCAGACUUUACUCUCCGGAUGCGAAGAUCAAAGCCUCCUCUGGGCAUAAUUUCCAGGAUUCCCAGGGCAGAAUUCCUGAAAGUGACGGUGUCUUGCUCCAUAAGCUUGAAGAAGUCUGUCACUCAGUUAAGAAUCUAGAAUCUCUCCUCUUGAGAUCACAUUCAAGGGCAUGAUGAGCACCUGAAAUGUAUGUUUCUUUCAUCUGACAUCAUACAAUUGUGUAUGUAUGAUCUUUGUUACUAUCUGUAGCAUUGCAUGCAAUGUACCAAUGCGGGUAAUGAGGAAACAAUCGCUGAUGCUUAGGAAGAACUUGUCAGUGCUUGCAAGUUUUAGCAUUGGCAGUGAACAUAGGUCACCCUGAUGCCUCUAGCUUCAGAAUUGCUAGUGCAGACUACAGAAACAAAUAUGUGAAUCCAAAAGUAGAUCAAUCACACAUGUAAGUUUGUUUGCUACCCUUUUUGCCCACAUGAUCUGACUUGAUGUGAAAGUGUUAGUAAGGCUUUCCUUUAUAUACUUCUAGUAUAGAAGCAUGAAAUAUGAGCGUGAAUUGUGGUAAAAUUAAUUGUGCAAAGUGUAUGAAAAUGUAAUUUCUUAUGUAUUACUAUGUCCUUGAGAUGUUAAAAUUCACUUCUGAAACUUGUUGAACGUGUGUACAGUGUCCGUGUGAGAGCUAAUCUUGUGGUUUGGUCCUGCGCAAUGUUUCAAUCCUGAUGAUUACUCAAGUCCUACACAACAACACAAUCUACUUAACCAAACACUGCUACUACCGUCUAGUUUAAGAGAACUCACAUAGGUGUGAUGUGUGCAUAUUGGCCCCCAAGGAUCAAUUUUCCAUGCAUUGGAUAAUGAGAAGAAUGAGUACGUAAAUGCCGAUCAAAACAUUUCCUGAUUGGAUACUAUACCGGAUUUGCAUGUUUUCAGAAGUAUU